AUGGCUGACGUCACUGCGCCCUGCCUACACGGCCACCCGAGCCCACAGGCUGGGUGCAUCUGCGUCUACGGCUGGAGCGGGUCGCGCUGCGACACGUUUGUCCUGCCGUCCUGCCUCGCCUCUCCCGACGCGGCGCCCGAGACUGCUGUGUGCACCGCCAAGCGGCCGCUCUCGUGCGCCUGUGUCGCCGAGUGCGUUGCCGCCGGCGCCUUCCCGGCGCACGUCUGGCACGUCUGCGUCACGCGCUCGCAGGACCGGCCGACCGCCAACCUCUCGGCGCCUCGCGGCAGUGAACUGGAGCGCUUGGCGCCUCUGAGCAGGGACGAGCUCGAGGGGCUCGGCGACGGCCGAGGCGGCCGCCACCAGCUCCGCAGCGGCGGAGCCUAG